UCUCGAAGUAGGGCCAAGCAUCAAAGCUUUUGUAUGCAUUCAAGCUUCAGGUAUAUAUAAAUGUUGGAAAAAACGAUUUCUGGCCACAUGCCAAUGUCCAAUGACCACAGGUUCUUGGGCAAGUUAUAAGAGUCACUGUCGAGUCCAACUGCCUUUAAUUUAAGCUGAUAAUCGUUAGUUAUAGGCUACUAGCCUUUCCACCAUUUUGUUGGAUAUGUUGCCCUCAGUCCCCCCGAGGGGGCGUGUUCCGGCGAGAAAGUGACGUCAAUGUUUACCCUCUAUAUAAGCGAGUUUGUCAUUGUACUGUUUUGUAGUUGUUGUGUUUUUAAUUAAGAAUUAUAGUGAACCCACAAUUCAAGCAAUAACCGCACGAAUUGCUGCAAAAGUAAAAUGCGCACAGGGGCAUACAUAAGCGUUUAAAAGCGAAGGGGAAAUGCUUUUAAAUGCUUAUGAAUGCUCCUGUGCACAUUUUACUACCCCAUAGGGGUAUACCGGUUUUACCGGUGUUGUCACAUGUCACAUUCCUACCAAAAAGAUGUUGCAAACCUCAAAUGUAGCCAAACUGAACAGAACUCAAUGUAAUACAUUAAUUUGUAAUGUUAUGCGUCACUUAGUCAGUACAUAGUGUGAUUUAACAGUGAGAGGCAUGGCUGGAUAAUGGCAGGUGUAUAAUUAACUUUACUUAAAUGUAAUUAAUCACAUCCCAUGCCUGAAAUGGCAUUCAGAAAUGCAAGGGUGUGUGUGUGUGUGUGUGUCUGUCCCCAAACAAGUUUAUAAUUUGACCUUGCUGGGGUUGUCUUGUAAAGUUUCCAGGUUAGAAGGCAAACACGCACCUUGAUGUCGCACUUGAUCUUUCCAAGCCUUCUCGAAAACAAUGUCACUUCUGUUUAUGGAGAAAUAAUGGACAUGUAGGAGAAUUGUUUCUCAGACCGGUCGCAGUGUUUUGCUAUUUCAUGGAUGGGAGUUUUUAAGCCUUGGUGAUGCUUGCCUUUUUUUGAAUUUUUAAAAAUUUUUGAAGGUUCACAAUUUUUUUGUAAUAAGGCUAUGGACUGUAGGAGGUUGUUAAAGCUGCUGCUUGCCUGCCUGGUCGUGUUUGCUACUGCAAAGUUUUAUUUCCGCAGUCAAAGAACAAAGAUUGUAGACGACGUAAUCAACAAGAAGCCUGUCCUGAAGCCUAUCACAGAUCAUUUCUGGAUGCCACAAAGCGUAUCUGAAGUCAGCAACUUGCCUGUGUCACCAGCCCUUCAAAAGAAUGAGAAGGCAGAGAAAAAAACGACUAAGUUUCAACCAAACCUGGAAGUAAAUAGCACACUAAUAGCCCCAGUGAAAACGCGCACAGGCCCUCUCCGUGUCGUACACUUAGAUCUUAAGGGGGCAGCACCCAAAGUCAGUUAUUUUCAGCAGAUCUUUCCACUAAUCUCCAGUCUUGGUGCUGAUGGGAUUUUGGUGGAGUAUGAGGAUAUGUUUCCCUAUGAAGGGGACCUUGAAGUUCUCAGGGCACCUUUUGCAUACAGUGCAGAGGACAUACAAGAAAUUAGGACAUUGGCCAGCCUCUACAACCUUGAGCUGAUACCCCUGGUGCAGGUGUUUGGACAUCUAGAGUUUGUCCUGAAACAUGAACAGUUUUUUGACUUGAGAGAAGUGGCCAACUAUCCUAACAGCCUGAACCCUCUGGUCCCUGGAAGCUUAAAACUGGUUAAAGAAAUGCUAACUCAGGUCCUGAAGAAGCAUCCACAGACACAAUGGAUUCAUAUUGGCGCUGAUGAGGUUCUCAGCCUUGGUGAGAGUGAGGACUCAAAAAACUGGUUGAAGCAAAAUAAUGGAAGCCUAGGAGCACUCUUCCUCAGCCAUGUGACAAAGGUCUGCCACUUCCUGGCUGAACUGCGGCCUGGAAUAAAGCCUAUAUUUUGGGAAGACAUGCUCAGGAAGAUUAGUGCCACAUUAAUCAAAGAAUCCGGUAUGUCGACUCUCGCAUCCCCUAUGAUAUGGAAAUAUGAUUCAAAAAUGGAUUUGUCCAAGAUAGGACAGCUGCUAUCUAACUACCAACAGGCUGGAUUUCAGACUGUGUGGUUUGCAAGUGCAUUUAAAGGAGCUUCAGGCAUUGACCAGAGAUGGACACCACUAAAUCACCACUUACAGAAUCACCUAGCCUGGCUUAAAGUCAUGGACUCCAUGUCUAAAUACCCCUCUAUGAAACUAGACGGCAUUGCUUUAACAGGCUGGCAAAGAUACGAGCAUCACACAGUGCUAUGUGAACUGCUUCCUGUGGCUAUCCCCUCUUUGGCAAUCUGUCUAGAGACUCUAAAAUAUGGUUCAUUUAAUCGUACAGCUGAAACUGACAUACAAAUACAUUUGGGCUGCAAAGUUGACCUUCAAGCUAAUAGCUGUCUAGGUAAUGGGUCAUUUCCAGGCUCUGAAAUUUAUUACAUGGUUCAAGAAAUCCACAAUAAUCUUCAGAAAUCCACUGAAACAAUAACUCAAAACUAUCACCUGAGAGGAUCGUUUAGUGCUUACCAAAGAAAACACAGCUUUGCCAAUCCACGGAACAUUGGAUAUUUUAAGGGUACACUAAACAAAUUGCUGAAUAAGUGGGAUCACUUUAUGGCGAUGUUCAAGAUGGAGAUGUUGACUGUCUACUUCGAAGACACUGUGGAGGAAUGGAUGGAAGAGAACGUUAACCAAUACAUGGAUAAACUCAAUAGUUUGGACAAAGAUGUAGAGCGCAUUGUUCAACUCAAAGGAAAAGCAAUGAACCGUACAAUUGUAUGAUUAAUACAUUUUUGAGUAUAUAUGGAUGUUAAACAUGUCUGACCUCCUUAGGAGGCUGAAAAUGUUUAUUUUCUAUUUGACUAAAAUACUCCACAUUUCAUUGUUGUUACCAGGAAAAUGAUACGGGAUUUAUAUUGAUGUGAUAUGAUAAGGGUGAAUAUUUGGUUGUGUGUAACUGAGACACAUUUAUGAGGACUUUUUUCCCCCAUUAUGUUUCAUGUUUCAUUGGUGUAUUAUUGUGAUGGCUAGACGACUGGGUCAGAGCAUAUCCAAAAGUCAGAUCUUGUGUUCCGGGUGCAGUGGUUAGUACCUACCAAAAGUGAUCCAAGGAAGGACAACCAGUGAACCAGCAACAGGGUCAUGGGCCCCAAGGCUCACUGAUGUGCAAUCAAGCAUCUGUGAGAUGUGCUGUUCAAACAAGUCCAAUCCAUGGAGGCCCCACCUUGCAACUUACAGGACUUAAAGGAUCUGCUGCUAAUGUCUUGGUGCCAGAUACCAAAACACACCUUCAGAGGUCUUGUGGGACUCCAUGCCUCGAAGGGUCAGUGCUGUUUGGCAGCAGAAUGGGGACCUACACAAUAUUAGGCAGGUGGUUUUAAUAUUAUGGCUGAUAAGUGUAGCCAUUAAAUUAUUAUUAUUUACUUUAUAUGUUCAAUAUAACUUUCUACUUUUAUGAGCCUCCAUGCAGUUUUUGUGGUUUAAGAACAAUAUUGCAAUGUUUUCUAAUAAAAGUAUACAAAACUA